GAAGGCGGUCUUUAUUCUGAGGCCCCAACAGAAAACCAACAGAGGUCAGACCGUGAAGUGGCACCAUGAUGGAAACAUCUCUACAAUAUCUGCUCUUUCCUUGUUUGCUGCUUUGCUGCAGAACAAAUGAAGUCCUCCCAGCUGUUCUGACUGUGAGUCCCAGCAGAUCUCAGUUCUUUAGAGGAGACUCUGUGUCUCUGAGCUGUGAGGAGGACAACAGCUCUGCUGGAUGGACUGUGAGGAGGAACACAACCAGAGAAACCAGGAUUCAGUGUGGAGAUGGAUGGGGAGCAGCUGCUGGUUCUACCUGCACCAUGAGCUACCUGAUGCCAUCAGACAGUGGAGUUUACUGGUGUGAGUCCAGAGGGGGAGCAGUCAGCAGCAGCAUCCAGCUCACUGUCACUGGUGGAUCAGUGAUCCUGCAGAGUCCUGUCCUCCCUGUGAUGGAGGGAGAUGACGUCACUCUGAGCUGUCAGAAAGAGAAAGGUCCCUCCAACCUCCCAGCUGCUUUCUAUAAAGAUGGCUCCCUCAUCAGGACUGAGCCUGCAGGUCACAUGACCCUCCACCAUGUGACCAGCUCUGAUGAAGGCCUCUACAGGUGUAGCAUCAGCGCUCAUGGAGAGUCUCCAUCC